GUGAUGCUCCUUUCCCGUCAAUCCGGUCUCCGUUCCUUUUUAUUUUGUUUUCUUUUUUUUCAGCUCCCUAUCCUCUUGUAUAUCGUCAUUCUUUUUUUGCUGCCUGUGCUGGCCAGGGCGCUCAUUCUUCUGGCUGGCUCAGAGUGGAUCACAUUACCCAAAACGACAUCUGGAGAUAGCCGGACCUAGACCUAGAUCAGGAUGCUCAAACGACUGUCCACAGCGGUUCUGCUGGCCCUCGGGCUCGCCUCCUCCACUCUUGCCGCACCGGCACCGGCACCGCGGCAAGAGUCGGGGUGGUGGGUGGCCAGCAUCGAACGGCAAGGCGCUCCCGCCUUCAACGAUGACCCCAACUAUAAAGUGUUCCGCAACGUGCGGGACUACGGCGCCAAGGGUGACGGUGCGACUGACGACACCGAGGCCAUCAACAAGGCCAUCAGCGACGGCAACCGGUGUGGUCAGGGCUGCUCUUCGCAGACGACGACCCCGGCGCUCGUGUACUUCCCGCCCGGCACCUACGUGGUCAGCAAGCCCAUCAUCCCCUUCUACUACACUCAGCUCGUCGGCGACGCCGUCUCUCCCCCGACCCUGAAGGCGUCCGCCGACUUCUCCGGCAUGGCCGUCAUCGACGCGGACCCGUACGACUCGGAGGGCAACAACUGGUGGACGAACCAGAACAACUUCUUCCGCCAGGUCCGCAACUUUGUCAUCGACCUGACGGCCAUGCCCGUCGAGGUUGGCGCCGGCAUCCACUGGCAGGUUGCGCAGGCGACGAGCCUGCAGAACAUCGUCUUCAACAUGCGCACCGACGGCGGGGAGGCCAACAAGCAGCAGGGCAUCUUCAUGGACAACGGGUCGGGCGGUUUCAUGUCGGACCUGACCUUCAACGGCGGCAACUACGGCGCCUUCUUCGGCAACCAGCAGUUCACCACCCGUAACCUGACCUUCAACGACUGCAGGACGGCCAUCUUCAUGAACUGGAACUGGGCCUGGACCUUCCAGGACGUCAAGAUCAACAACUGCGGCGUCGGCAUCGACAUGGCCAACGGCGGCCCCGGCGGCCAGACCGUCGGGUCCGUCCUCGUGCUCGACAGCCAGUUCACCAACACGCCCAUCGGCAUCAAGACGGCCUACGACCCGGCCUCCCCCCAGACCAACGGCACGCUCAUCCUCGACAACGUCGACAUGACGGGCACGACCCAGGCCGUCGUCAACGAGGGCACCGGCGCCGUGAUCCUCCCGGGCAACCAAAAGGUCAGCUUCUUCGCCCAGGGACGGGCCUACGAUGGCGCCGGCGCCGGCUCCGGCAAGGCGGUGCAGGCUCCCCAGGACCCGGUGAGGAAGCCGGACGUGCUGCUCGACCCGGGGACGGGUAAGGUGGUGACGCGCAGCAAGCCGCAGUACGAGAACGUGCCGGCGGGCAGCUUCGUCAGCGUCAAGGCCAACGGGGCCAAGGGCGACGGCAAGACGGACGACACGGACGCGAUCCAGGCGGUCUUCGAUAAGGCGACGCCCGACCAGGUCGUCUACUUCGACCACGGCGCCUACAUCAUCACGCGGACGGUCAAGGUGCCCAAGCAGAUCCGCAUCACGGGCGAGGCGCUGCCCCUGAUCCUGGCGGGCGGCGAUUCGAGCUUCAAGGACCAGGCGAACCCGCAGCCGGUCUUCCAGGUGGGCCAGCCGGGCGACAAGGGCGAGGUGGAGAUGUCGGACCUCAUCUUCGGCACGGCGGGCCCGCAGCCGGGCGCCAUCAUGAUGGAGUGGAACGUGGCGGGCAGCAAGCCCGGGGCGGCGGCGCUCUGGGACGUGCACACGCGCAUCGGCGGGUACGCGGGCACGCAGCUGGAGCUGGAGCAGUGCGCCAAGAACCCAGACGUGACGAACCCGGUCAGGCCCGAGUGCUUCGGCGCCUUCAUGAUGCUGCACGUGCGCGAGGGCGGCAGCGUCUACCUGGAGAACACGUGGUACUGGGUGGCGGACCACGGGCUGGAGCCGUCGGCGCGCGACGGCCAGAUCGACGUCUUCAACGGCCGCGGCGUCCUCUUCGAGGGCGAGGGCCCGGUCUGGGGCUGGGGCACCGCCUCGGAGCACUCGGUCCUGUACAACUACCAGUUCAACAAGGCCUCCAACGUCUUCCUGGCCCUCAUCCAGACCGAGACGCCGUACUUCCAGGGCAACCCGGACGCGACGCAGCCCUUCGCCGUCAACCCGGACUUUGCGGACCCGGACUUUGCCAAGUCGUGCGCGGCCGACGACGCCGGCUGCAGGCGGGCGUGGGGCGUGCGGGCGAUCGAGUCCAAGGACAUCUUCGUGUACGGCGCCGGGCUGUACUCCUUCUUCGACAACUACGCGCAGGACUGCCUCCGGACCGAGUCGUGCCAGUCCCACAUGGUCUCGAUCGAGGGCGGCAGCCGGGUGCACAUGUACGGCCUCAGCACCAAGGCCAGCGUCAACAUGGUGACGGUCGACGGCCGGGGCGCCGUCCUCGACAGGGACAACCGCAACAACUUCUGCGCCACCCUCGCGUUCUUCCAGUCGGCAUAGGGAGUCGGUCGGGGACGUGGUGGUGGUGGUCGCGGCGGCGGACGAGGAGGCGGUAGAGGCGAUAGAGGCGGGCUUGGAACGUGCUCCGAGAGGAGC